AUGGCGACCGACGAUAUCUCUUCUCGUACUAGAUCCAGGGCCAAUGAUUUGCUUGUCUACGGUCAGCGCCAAGUCGAUCGAGUCGUAAGCCCGCCUACACGACAAAAGGCCUAUAAUUGGGUUUAUGAUUUCUCAAUCGAGAAACCUAUAUUAUCUUCUUUUGUCGCCUUCCAACUCGCUCUCUCCCUCGCACCUAUACUCCUCUUCGCAGGCUUUGCCACGACCACUAUCGCCGUCUCGCUCAUCUCCGCCCUCCUAUUUUCGCUAUUCUGGAUCGGAAUCGCGACUCUUUUCCUCGUGCCCACUCUCUUCAUUACCUUCAGCAUCGCCUUAUUUUUCUGGGCUUGGGCUGCUGCCACCUUUUUCGCCGGUCGCUAUGUCUACGGUAGAUUGUCAUCCGGCGCCGACGGCGACGGCAAAGUGGUGGCCAAUAGUGGAGAAAAGAAGAUCAUCUUCGAAAAGAAAAAUGGCAAGAAUAACGACGCCGAUUUCGACGCUAAGGCCGAGGCGACCGAAGUCAAGGAAUAG